UCUGCGCGCAUGGCGCUGCGCAGGCGCAGUGGACCUUCCUCGACUUCCGGUCCCCUCGUGGAUAUAAAUAUGGAUGCUUCAGCGUAAUCGGUCUUUCGGAGUGACGCUAUCGCGGAGAACUUGCUGGGUUAGAAUUCAUGAUCCUAAAUAACUUCUUUGGGAGAAGAGGAGCAGCAUCCAACUUUAACUGUUGACCUAAUACUUAUUUUGGGAUCCUUUAAUCAGAACUAUGUGAAUGAAUAAGAUCUUGAAGACAACAGAGAAAGAAAUCAGAGAUCCCAGGGUAAAAACUUGGAGAAAUUUUGCAAUAUAUCGUCCAAAAAAGGAGUCCACGAUGGAGGCAGAGGUAAAUUUGAACAGAGAUUGCUGCCCUGACCUGGGAAACCCCAAGACACACAAUCAAGUGGCCUGAGAGGUCACCUCAGGGCAUACCUGGAAUCCUGAACUUUGCAACCUGAAGAAGGGGUGUGUUGACAAGAGAGGGUAUUAUGCUUGGUGCUUCACCUCUUCAACUCCCAGGAUCGAACCCAGUGCUUCACACAAGCUAGGCAAGCGCCUUGCUACUACUGAGCCUUUAGCCCCAGCCCCGCCCUGUGCGAACUCUUAUGACCCUGUUGAAAGUGAUUUCUCAUCUUCCCCGGAGAGACCCUCUUGAGGACAGAAAAAAGUCACUUUUUUCUCUGAACAGACCCUUAGGCAUCAGAUUUUCCCAAACGAACCUGAUUGAAGCAGUCAUUCUGGUCACUUGGUUGUCAGUCCACUUGGCCGAAUUUGGGGCUUCCGAAACACACCGCCACUGUAGCUAGGCCAGGUGAGAGCCUGGUCAAAGCUCCCGCUCAGGAGCGAGCCACUCGCACUUUCUGGGGUGGCCGCCAGGGGCCGCCGGGCUCUUUGUUUUCCUUUCUGGCCAGGGUCGGGGCCGGAGGCCUGCAGAGCGCAUGCUCCGGGGCAGUUCGCGGCCCGGCCAGUGAUCGCUGGAGUUCGUUGUAGCCGACCCGCACCAAGCUUCAGUGGAACAUACGGAGUGUUACAGUAACCGCAAAGAGAGACCCGCCAAUCCUGCUCACGAGGGUCAGGGAUAGCUUUCCAGGAAAAACGAACACAGAGGCCCAGGCACAGCUCCAUAUACUAGAGGGACCACAGAGAGGAACUUCUGGUGUGAAGUAUGCCAGCUCUGUGCCUGGCAUAAAAACAACUCAGCAAAUGUUUGUUGACAUGGGAGCCCUCCUCCCUUCCCUCCUGGGGACCUUUCACACAAAGAGAUUCUUCAGCCCCUGAGUCUGGCAGGACAGGAAGAUGCCACCCAAGCGCAUAGCUAAGAGAAGAUCAGCCCCAGAAGAUGCCAUCCCUAAAAGCAAGAAAGUGAAGGACUCUCGUAACCAGGCAGUGAGGGCCACUGCCUCCCGCCGCGGUCCCAACGCCCGCUCCUGCCAAGGUGCCUGCAGGCCGAGCCCUCCUGACCAGAAAACCCAACCAGUCUCACACAGGUCCCACAACACAGAACCAGGCUUGGUGCUGACACUGGGCCAGGGCGACGUGGGCCAGUUGGGCCUGGGUGAGAAUGUUAUGGAGAGGAAGAAGCCUGCCUUGGUGCCCAUUCCAGAGGAUGUUGUGCAGGCUGAGGCUGGGGGCAUGCACACCGUGUGUCUGAGCAAAAGUGGCCAGGUCUACUCCUUCGGCUGCAAUGAUGAGGGUGCCCUGGGAAGGGACACAUCAGUGGAGGGCUCAGACAUGGUCCCCGGGAAAGUGGAACUGCAAGAGAAGGUGGUACAAGUGUCAGCAGGAGACAGCCACACAGCAGCCCUCACCGAGGAUGGCCGUGUUUUCCUGUGGGGUUCAUUCCGGGACAAUAAUGGUGUGAUUGGGCUGUUGGAGCCCAUGAAGAAGAGCAUGGUGCCUGUGCAGGUGCAGCUGGACAUACCAGUGGUGAAGGUAGCCUCAGGAAAUGACCACUUGGUGAUGCUGACAGCUGAUGGUGACCUCUACACCUUGGGCUGUGGGGAGCAGGGCCAGCUGGGCCGAGUGCCUGAGUUAUUUUCUAACCGUGGUGGUCGGCAGGGCCUUGAACGACUCUUGAUCCCCAAGUGUGUGAUGCUGAAAUGCAGGGGAAGCCGGGGCCAUGUGAGAUUCCAGGAUGCCUUCUGUGGUGCCUAUUUCACUUUUGCCAUUUCCCAGGAUGGCCACAUUUAUGGCUUUGGCCUUUCCAACUACCAUCAGCUUGGAACACCGGGCACAGAAUCUUGCUUCAUACCCCAGAACUUGACAUCCUUCAAGAAUUCCACCAAAUCCUGGGUGGGCUUCUCUGGUGGCCAGCACCAUACAGUCUGUCUGGAUUCAGAAGGAAAAGCAUACAGCUUGGGCCGGGCUGAGUAUGGGCGGCUGGGCCUUGGGGAGGGUGCCGAAGAGAAGAGCAUACCCACCCUCAUCUCCAGGCUGCCCACCGUCUCCUCUGUGGCCUGUGGAGCUUCUGUGGGGUAUGCUGUGACCAAGGAUGGUCGUGUUUUUGCCUGGGGCAUGGGCACCAACUACCAGCUGGGCACAGGGCAGGAUGAGGACGCCUGGAGCCCUGUAGAGAUGACUGGCAAACAGCUGGAGAACCGUGUGGUCUUAUCUGUGUCCAGUGGGGGCCAGCAUACAGUCUUAUUAGUCAAGGACAAGGAACAGAGCUGAUGAAGCCCCUGAGGGCCUGGCUCCUUCCCCUGCCCCCCUCACAGAACAGGGAAGCAGAGACACCUACAGAUUCCAGCAGGCUUCUCCCCAGCCCCGCCUGAGCACUGUCAUCUCCUGCUUUUUUUCCAUCAGCAGAGCAGAAUCCUUUUCUCUUUUUCUUCCUUCUUUCUGGAAUCAUCCUGGGACCUGCAGGAUGAAGGGGGAGGGAGAUUGGAGGGUUGGUCAGAAGGAACAUUACUCAUCCCAGACCUAUGUGGUCAGGCCUUUCCUCGCACUUCCCUACCUCCCUAUGGUCCUGGCUGGCCCUGGCUGUGCUCACAAAAGAACAACUUUGAGAAGUCGGGGCUACAUCAAGACCAGUUCUAGUCUUUGUGUUUCUAACAGUCCACAGGCAAACAGCUGGUACAGUCAUCAGGCCCAGUUGUCAUGGACCCAUGCCUGGGGGAGUCUGGAGGAAAGGCAAGGCUACAGGGCCUGUGCACAACCCCAAGCCAAAUAUUUGGCUCUAAACAGGUGUCCAAGUGAUCCACUUGAUGAAGAGAAAGCCAAAAAGCUGUUCUCCCAGAAGCACAAAGCAUACUCUUGUCUCAGGCAUUGCCUGUGGUUUCCCCAUUUGUUGGGCUGGACCUGCAACCAAGGACCUGAAAGCCAGGCUGAGCUGGGCUGGCCUGGGCUGGGCUGGGCAGGGCAGGGCAAGGCAGGGCUGGGCACAGCAUGGGGUAGAGAGGAUGAAAGGUUUUAUGAACAGCAAUACUGAGAGGGGAGGAAGAGAGGAGAAGGAGUUGGAGGGGCAAAAGCUGGUGAUCAGAAAAGGAAGCAGCAACUUGUAUGGUGGCUGUGAAAAUAGUUUUUGAUUUUUUUUAAUUGUAAAAUAUUUUGGAGGGAAGAGUGAAAUCUUUUAACACUUUGAAUAAAUUUAAAGUUUUAUAAAACAGGUCACUUGUUUUCUAUACACUCCCUGUUCUUUUAAGGGACUACCUGCCAUGUGUCAGGCACUAUUGGGAAGGCCCAUGCCUGUGAACUUGGUGUCAAGGCUUCAGCUUAAAGGAUGUCGAGAUGUCCCAAGGUGCCCACAGCCAACUGCCAGUAGACUGUUCCCAGGGCAAUUAAAAUCUACCAAAAAGGAGAGAAGAGUUGGUGGGUGUCUAUGUUUCAGGAAUCACUGGAGGUUUGUUGCUGUCUUUUUUUAAUGAUGCUGCAUAACACAAGAGAAAUGGGAUGAAUCUUUGAAUUUUCUAGUCCUAAAUCAAGUUUUUUUUUUUCUUUUUGACUAGUUUUAUUUAUUUUGUCAUAAUUAUGCCAAAGCUCAUGUUUGAGAUUAAUUUCAGUAAUUGCAGACAAUUUAGAACAUUGUUUUAGAAUACUUUGCCUUAAAUAUGUUCUGUCUUUUUCCCCUGACAUUUCUAUGGAUUAUAUGAGCCUAACAGACGCUCCAUGAGUAAUCUCUUAAAAAUCAUAAAUACUAUUGCAAAUUAAUAACUUAUUUUCCAUUAUUUAAAAUGGAGAAAAUUGGGCUGAAUAACACCUUUACUCUUAAUUAGCUUCUUUAAAUGUAAAUAAAAAACAAGAUAGUGCCCACAUUUAAGGAAUAGAUAUGAUGAAAAAAUUUCUAACAAGUCCUUAUGUUGGCCAGAGGAUUUAUUUGUGCGAUUUGUAUGGCCUCCCUUAGUGUCAACAAUGUUUUUGUGGUUCUUCUGGUUGAUGUUCAUGAAAGCGUCUGUGUAUGAUUAUGAAGCUCAGUUCUUUCUCCCCUACUCACUAAUAUAUUAAAAACAUUGAAGUCUGGAAGAUCAGAGUUUUCAGCAUUUGCUAUAUGUCAAAUCACCGAAUUUUUACUGGGUUAAAAAUAAGACAUUUUACUUAUGAGUAUGAGGGAGCAUUUUGGACUGGGUUUUUCUGGAUAAUGCCUCUGUUGAAGAUUUUUGAGUGUAGUACAUUUCUAAAUGCUUACUGAGUUACCUGUAUUGUUUUCAGUAGCUGAUGUAUUUAUUUAAACAUUGUAUAGUAUCUUAAGAUAAUUUGUGUGUAUUAAAGAAAUUUUUCAUAAGCAUUUGAGCAACCAAAUCAGAACUGAUUUCCCCAAUAUAGUGGUCACCAUCUAGGUAUGCCUAUUUGAAUUUGUCAAUUUUUCUAAUUUAAAAUAUAUAUAUAUUUUUCAGUUGUAUAAACCACUGAUUAUCAAGUACUUGAUAAUUACAUGUGGCUUGUGCCUUUUGUACUGGGCCAUGUAAACAAAACAUUUCUGUCAUGGUACUGGCUCAUGUAGAGUCUGUAUUAGGAAAGUUAUUAGUACCAGGGAGAUUCUUGGAUGUUUGGUUUGGGUGUUGGUUUUUGGAACUGGGGAUACUCACAGGUGCUUUACCCCCCUGAGCUACACACUUCUUAUUUUUUGAGACAGGGACUCAUUCAGUUGCUGAGGCUGGUAUCAAACUUGUGAUCCUCCUGCCUCAGCUACCUGAGUUACUGGAAUUACAGACAUGCACCACUGUGCUUGGUGAGAUUUUUGGAUAUUGAUGUUUCAUAUAAAAAAAUGAAUACGAGCUGAGUACAUACUAGAUAAGCACUCAGCCACUGAGCAGCAGUCCUUUUUUAAAAUUUUUAUUUUGAAACAGGUUCUCAACAAGUUGCCUGGAGUGGCUUUGACCUUGUUCUCCUGCCUCAGCCUCCUUAAUAACUGGGAUUACAGGUGUGCACCACUACACCCAACUACAAUACCCCAUUCUUUGUCUUUUUUCCCCUUGUUUUGUAUUGGUGCAUUACACUCGUACAUAAUGGGAUUUGUUACAUAUUUUUAUGUGCAUAUAAAAUAAUUUGACCGUUAUCAUUUUCCAAUAUAUCCCCUUUCCCUCCCUUCCUCCCUCCCUCUGGUCCAUUUCCUCUAUUGAGCUCCUACACACCUUUCAUUUCCUUUUUCCCCCUCUCACUUUCACAUGAGAAAAAACAAGGUCCUUUUUGAGUUUGGCUUAUAUCUCAAGUUCUCCCCAUUUCCCUUUUAUUUCUGAGGGAAGGUACUGGGGUAUGAACCCAGAGGCACUUUACCACUGAGCUCUAUCCCCAGACCUCUUUUUAAAUUUUGAGAUGGGGUCUUGCUGAGUUGCUUAAGGCCUCCCUAAAUUGCUGAGACUGACCUUGAACUUGGAAUCCUGUCUCAGCUGCCUUGAGUUGCUGGAGAAGUGCCCUGCCUGCCCCCACCCACUCUUUUUUUUUUCUUUUUCUUUUUUUGGAGACAGGGUCUCUUGGUUGCUGAGGCUGAGGCUGGCUUUGAACUUGCCAUCCUGUCACCUCAGUGUUUCAAGAGACUGAGAUUACAGGCAUGUAUGUAUCACAACACCCAGCAAGAAGUACCCCAUUCUUAAAAACAGCUUCUAUGUUCUGGAACCUAAACUGGGUCAGGCACUUAACAUGAAAUCAUUUAAUCCUCACAACCCUUCAAGGUAGGAAUUGCUGUCCUAUCUUGCUUAAGGUCCAGAGGCCACCAUGUACCCAGAGUAGGCUGGACUCAACCUCCACCUGACCCAGAACCUCUUUCUCUUCCUCAUAUUGUAUCCAAGAGUUGUAAAGCUUUCGAAGGGUUUUUUUUUUUGUAUCAGACACAUAGUAAAUACUUUCUCUACAAGUCAUUGUGAUUGUUGUACAUUUUUUAAAAUUUUAUGUAAAUAAUUAUUGCCUUUUAUUUUUUCAGUGUUGGGGAUCAAGUCCAAGGCCUCACACAUGUGAGGCAAGUACUCUACCACUGAGUUACAACCCUAGUCCUUGUUUUUCAUGUGUUUGUUUUAUUUGUGUAAAUACCAUUAAUUCAGUUCCAUUAUGUCAGAAGUAUCAUCCCCUUUUGUGCAAACACAUCAGGUACUUGCGAUUUUGUUAAGGCCUUCCUCCAACCUGGAUUGGUUA